UAAAAAAACAACAACCAUCAUAAUCGCGAUUAAUGUUCAUUCGUCAACGUUAUAAUCAUCAUCGUGCAUAUUGUAAUCGUUGAGUGUGCGCCAUUGCGCCUGUCUUUGAGAGUUGUGUUUGAGUGACAGAAAUAAUCAUCAUCAUUAUUGUCACAUUGUUGUCAUAUCAUCAUUAUUGUCACAUCGUUGUUAGCAUCAUCAUCGAAUUAUGUGGCUCACAUCGUUUAUUUAUUGUUUAUCAUGUAUUAUUAUCAUAUUUCAAUAAAGACCAUAAAUUAUUCUAAAAACCGACCAUUCGUGAAUUAUUUUCUAUCUAAUACUUUCGUACAUGAAAUAUUGGUAAUUUCAUAUAGUGACACACACACACACACACACAAACACACACAUAGAUAGAUAGACGUCAAUAACGAUAAUGUUCGAUGGGAAAGAAAAAAAAAAGAAAUUAGCAUGAUUUUUUGUAGUUUAAUCAAUUUUAUCGAUUUGAUAAUUGAUAAACAACAAUAAUAUUGAUUGAUAUUGGUUACACCAUUUUGCGAUACUAUCAUAGUUGUUUUUUUGUUGUAAUCAUUACCAUGGAAGACAUCUGUACAUCAUUUUUUCAAAUUUUAUUUUGUGUGAAAUUUUUAUUGUAACAAAUUGAAAAAAAUGUAUCAAAUUGUUGAUCAUUCGAAGAAUAGAAAAACAAUCGUAGUUAUUGCAUAUCCGGCUGUUGGUCAUGUAAAUGGUUGUCGUAAUGCAUUAGCAAAUAGCCUUAUUAAAUAUGGUCAUCGUGUUAUAUUUAUCAUUGGUAAAGCAUUUCGUGGCAAACUUUUACCGUAUGGAUUUGAAGAAUUAAUUUGCGCUGAAUUUGAUGAUGAUGAUGAUGAUAAUCAUAAUAGUAAUAAUGAUCCAGCUGCGAAAUUAGCUCGACAUUUAUUAGAAUUCGAUAAUAUGUUGGCCAUAAAAAAUUUGAGUAUUGAAAAACGUUUGGAAAAUUUAAUAAAAAUGUUUUCAACACUUUUACCAGAUUUCAUAAUAAAAACAGAUGAAUAUUUGAAGAAAAUGAUCAAAACAAUCGGUAAAAUUGAUUUAUUCAUCGUCGAUGAUGUUCAACAAUAUCCGGCUAUAAUGGAUGCAAAGGAUAUACCACUCAUACAAUGUAUAACAUCGAUGCCAAAUACACAGGCGAAAGACACAAGUUUACCACCACCAUUUACCGGAUUAGAAUCGAAUCUUUCCAUCAAAGAAUAUGAGCCAUAUUAUUCGAUUAUUGAAAAAACAUUCAAUGAAGAUCGUAUAAAUGAAAGUGUAGCAAAACUUGGCUAUAAAAAUCUAUGGAUUUCAUCAUUGUUUACACCACCCAAAUAUCCCAAUUAUCCAUUGCGACAAUGUUUAACGGUUUAUGCAUAUCCGAAAGAAUUAAAUCAUCCAAAAAUCGAAUCUCGUCCUGAUUGGUUUAAUCUUGAAGUUUUUGCAAAAAAUUCAUACGACAAAACUAUCGAUUUGGAGAAAUUAGUGGGAGCUGAACUUUUUCAUGAUCAAUUAGGAGGACGUUUCAGUGGUAAAUGGAUAUAUCUAUCUCUUGGAUCAAUGGGUUCGAUCGAUAUCAAUUUAAUGUUACGGCUGACCAGAAUAUUGGCACUUACCGAUCAUAAAUAUAUCGUAUCAAAAGGUUUACGUCAUAAUGAAUAUGAAUUACCGGGACAUAAUAUGUGGGGUACAAAUCAUGUACCACAGAUAGAAAUUCUACCAUUAAUGGAUUUAGUUAUCACGCAUGGUGGUAAUAAUACCGUUACGGAAACAUUUGCACAAGGUAAACCAAUGAUUGUAAUGCCAUUGUUUGGUGAUCAACUUGAUAAUGCACAACGUUUACAUGAAACUGGAUAUGGACGACGAUUAGAUCCAUAUGGAUUUCAGGAUCAACAAUUAUUGGAUACAAUAAAUGAACUGUUGUAUGAUGAGAUGCUCAAUGAAAAAUUGAGAAAAGCAUCUGAACGUAUAAAACAAUCAAAUUCAUUCAAAGAAUUUGUUGGAAUUGCUGAAAAAAUUAUGGAUAAAAAUGAGAAAUAAUUUUGUCAAAAAGAUUUCUGGAUUUUAAUUAUGGAAUAUUUAGAUUCGAAUAAAUGAUGAAUUUUUAUUGAAUAAAUAAAUAAAUAUAAUGA